AUGUCUGACAUUCCCAUCGCCGCCAAGGUGCAGCAGCUGUACCACGUGAGUCGCCAGCACGUGAUGCGCAACUUUAUGGCCCUCCGCCCGUGGUCAGAGUUCUUCGACACAACGUUCUUCCACUCGCCCUCUGGGGUGACGGACACCGUGAACCGUCUGAACCGCAAUCUCCCUUACUUUUACGCCAACUACUUGGUGGUGUCGCUGCUGUGCUCCUCCUACAUCCUUCUCAUCAACCUGCCAUUUGCAGUGUAUACCGUGAUGAUGGUGACAUGGUACCUGUUCAUCCGAAGUCGCUCUGCUAUGGUGGCCGCCCUCGCCGCUCAAGGCGCCUCGGAAGAAGAGCAGAUGGUGUACAUCGCGAACCGCGCCUUUACUAUAUCGCAGCUGUACCUGAUGCUCAUUUUAUUCGGUGUUGUCGGCUUCUACGUCACCAGCGGCAGCUCUGUCAUCUUCUGGCUGUUGCUGACAUCGUUUGGCGUGUCGGUCGGCCACGCGUCGAUGCGCCGUCCUCCCAUUCAAGACUCCGCCUUCGACUUUGUGUAG